AUGGCUCUGCUCACCAAAUUUGAGUCGAAAUCUGCUCGAGUGAAAGGAAUUUCAUUUCAUCCAACUCGCCCAUGGGUACUAGCAUCGUUGCACAGUGGUGUAAUCCAGCUGUGGGAUUAUCGUAUGAAUGUGAUGUUGGAUAAAUUCGAUGAGCACGAUGGACCAGUGCGUGGAAUCUGCUUUCAUUUGCAGCAACCAAUAUUUGUUUCGGGCGGUGAUGACUACAAGAUUAAGGUCUGGAACUAUAAGCAACGUAGAUGCAUAUUUACCUUAUUGGGUCACUUGGAUUACAUUCGUUCCACAUUCUUUCACAAUAAGUAUCCAUGGAUUAUAAGCGCAUCCGACGAUCAGACCGUUCGUAUUUGGAACUGGCAAAGUCGUAACAGUAUCGCCAUUUUGACUGGUCACAAUCACUACGUGAUGUGUGCUCAAUUUCAUCCAACUGAAGACUUAGUUGCAUCGGCGUCAUUGGAUCAAACCGUUCGAAUUUGGGAUAUUUCUGGUUUGAGGAAGAAGAACGUCUCACCGGGUGCCAGAAGUGAUGUGAAUAAGAGUCGAUCAACUGGUGCGGCUACUCAGGCGGAUCUUUUCGGCCAACCAGACGUAGUCGUGAAGCACGUUCUGGAGGGACAUGAUCGAGGUGUGAACUGGGUAGCAUUUCAUCCAACCAUGCCAACACUCGUAUCGGGUGCUGACGAUCGUCAAGUGAAACUUUGGCGAUAUAACGAGAGUAAAGCUUGGGAAGUGGACUCAUGCCGUGGUCACUACAGCAACGUAUCGUCUGUGCUGUUCCAUCCGCAAUCAGAGUUGAUUUUGAGUAAUUCGGAGGAUAAGAGUAUUCGUGUUUGGGACAUGCAAAAGAGAACAUGCCUGCAUACGUUCAGACAUGAUAAUGAUCGGUUUUGGGUGCUAUCUGCACACCCAACAUUGAACAUGUUCGCGGCUGGUCACGAUAAUGGUAUGAUGAUAUUCAAAAUUGAACGGGAAAGACCAGCAUCUUGUGUGCAUGAGAAUUUGAUCUUUUACGUCAAGGACAGACAACUGCGAAGACUGGAUAUCACAACUAACAAAGACGUGCCAUUGAUUCAGCUGCGUGGUAAUAAAUUAACCCAACCCUACUAUUCACUUCACUAUAAUCCCGCUGAGAAUGCAUUCCUUUUGCUCACUCGCGCAGUCAAUCCAGAAAAUAGCACAUAUGAAUUGUACAAGGUACCGAGAAGUUUGCAUGAGGGUGGUUCGGGUGAGGUACCCGAAGGGAAGCGUUCCUCUGGAACGGCAGCAGUGUGGGUGGCAAGGAAUCGUUUCGCGAUUCUCGACAAACAUCAACAGAUAAUAAUCCGUGAUCUGUCCAAUAAGGACAAUCGAAAGAUUGAACAGAAUGCAACGGUGGACGAACUGUUCUAUGCCGGAACGGGAUUAUUGUUAUUGAAGAAUGCAGAAGGAUUGCAACUUCUUGACGUUCAGCAGAAGCGAGUUAUUGCGGCCGUUAAAGUACCAAAGGUGAAAUACGUGGUAUGGUCAAGAAACAUGGAAUAUGCAGCGUUGUUAAGCAAACAUACGCUGACGCUUAUCAAUCGGAAACUUGAGAUCCUGCACACAGUGCAAGAGUCGACGAGGGUGAAGAGUGGCGCAUGGGACGAUGGUGGUCUCUUCUUGUACACGACGUCGAAUCACAUCAAAUACGCACUAACAGCCGGUGACUCGGGUAUCAUUCGUACGUUGGAUGUACCCGUCUAUAUAUUGGCCGUUCGUGGUGAACGACUUUAUUGCCUGAAUCGGUUCGUGUCUUGA